CCAUCUGUUUAUUGAGUCCGUUCGUGGGAGUGUGCCGGGCCUGAGGGAGGUGGUGCUCCCAUGUGGGGGAUUUGGACACCAAAACGGGAGAAACGAGGUUCCAGGAGGCAGAGCCCCUGCACGCACCUUCUCUGUGAGGCCCGCCAGCUUUCCUCUUGUGUCUUUAGUUCUACCCGCCAGAGCGCAGGAUGGGAGUCCACAGUCCCCUUACCAAACUGGCAUCCAAAGGCUUUGGCAAGCACCCCCGGGAAGGGGAAAGAGACCGAGGAGCAAAGGAGGAGGAGGAGGAGCAGGAGCAGGAGGACCAGGAGGACCCACCCCGAGCAGAGCCCGAGGAGGAAGAUGGAGAGGUCUUCUCCUUUAAAUACAGCCCCGGGAAGCUGCGGGGAAACCAGUACAAGAAGAUGAUGACCAAAGAGGAGCUGGAGGAGGAACAGAGAGUGCAGAAGGAGCAGCUGGAGGCCAUCUUCAAGCUCAUGAAGGACAACAAGGAGACAUUUGGGGAGAUGACAGACGGCGACGUGCAGGAGCAGCUCCGGCUCUACGACAUGUAGCCCC